AUGUAUAAAAAAGAAAAAAGGAUUUGUGAUUUACUCCAUGCUAAAAAGCCAAGACUAGAUAUACCUGAUAUUAGUAUUAAAUCAAUUAUUGAAAAUAGUGACUUAUUAGCAUUGCCAUGCUCUUUAAGUUAUAAUCUUAAAGCUGAAUUAAAAACUGAAAUAAGUAGAACCUGUGAGGACACAUUAAAUUCAAUCAUAGACAGUGUAGAAGAAGAAUUAAUUUAUGACUUAAAUAAUCCAUUUUUAAACAUCAUAAUUUUUAAACAACAGGAACUUAAUAAUAAUUCUUUUUGA